AUGGAUCUCGUGCUGAACGUUGCCGACCACUAUGUCCUCACCCCCUACGUGUACCCGUUGUCAUGGCCCGAGGACACAGCGCUGCGCCAGAUCAUUAGCCUGUUGGUAGUCACCAACCUGGGGAUCGCGGUCCUCUACCUGGGCCUUGGCUGGCUGAGCUACCAAUUCAUCUUUGACCACAACCUCAUGAAACAUCCACAGUUUCUAAAGAACCAGGUGUGGCGGGAGAUCAGACAUGCCAUGACCUCGCUACCCAUUAUUAGUAUCCCCACCGUGGCGUUAUUUUUCAUUGAGGUCAAAGGAUACAGUAAGCUCUAUGACAACGUUGAAGAAUCUCCCAUGGACUGGCCCUUUUUGCUUCUCAGCAUGAUUUCCUUUGUGUUAUUCACGGAUGGGUGCAUCUAUUGGAUUCAUCGGUUUCUUCACCACAGAUGUAUUUACAAGCACUUCCACAAGAAGCAUCAUGUGCUGAAGAUCCCCACGCCGUUCGCCAGCCACGCCUUCCACCCGCUGGAUGGCUUCCUGUCGAGCAUGCCCUACCAUGUCUACCCCUUCCUCUUCCCCCUGCACAAGGUGCUCUACCUGGUCCUCUACAUCUUUGUCAACAUCUGGACCGUGUCUAUCCACGACGGCGACUACCGCAUGCCCGGUCCACUGCAGGAGGUGGUCAACGGGGCGGCUCACCACACGGACCACCACCUCUUCUUCAACGUCAACUACGGCCAGUACUUCACCUUGUGGGACCGCAUUGGUGGGUCUUACCAAAACCCCUCGGUUCUCGAAGGGAAGGGCCCCCUCGACUGCAUUCGUAGACUGACGGCCGAGGGGAAGAUUAGCUCUAAUGGGGCUAAUGCCAAUGGGCAUGAUAAUGAAAGCGGUACAAAGAGCAAGGAGGAGUAG